AUGGGUUGGUGCAGUUUUUACAUAUUUCAAGCUGUACACACCGAAUUCGGGAACCAGAGUGGUUUUCGUGGUAAACAGAGGUUCAAUGACAAUAUCGGGAAUAAGGAUUAUUUUCAGCUUUUGGCUUUUCCUCCUAUUGAUGCAGUCUAUACGUGGGUGAAUGGAAGUGAUCCGGACUGGGUGCAGGAGAAGAAUUAUUAUGAGAAAAUAUUCUACGAUAGCCACAAUAUUACUAAUGAGUCACUCUCCGAUACUUCGACUUCUGAUAACCGUUUUCGAGACAAUGACGAACUAAAAUACAGCCUCCGUUCGUUGGAAGUGAACGCUCCCUGGAUUCGGAAUGUUUUCAUCGUGACAAACGGCCAAAUUCCCUCCUGGCUGGACACCUCGAAUCCCCGCGUGAGGAUCGUAACCCACAGCGAGAUCUACCGCGACCAGACCGUCCUGCCGACCUUUUCUUCGCCGUCGAUUGAGCUCAAUCUCCACCACAUUCCCUCCCUCUCCGACUAUUUCAUCUAUCUAAACGACGACGUUUUCUUCGGCUCCCCCGUGUUUCCAGGCGAUUUCAUGACGGAGUCGCGAACGCAGUUUCUCUACGCCUCCUGGCGCGUUCCGCAAUGCUCCGCGAAAUGUAAUCGAUGGGCAUUUAUGGUGUCAUAG